AUGGUCAAAGGCUCAGACGUUUGUCUUAUUUUGAUCGCUAUCAUAUUCCCUCCAGCUGCUGCAGCGUUUAUCACGGGGUGCAGCUGUGACCUACUCAUCAAUAUCCUCCUGACAGUUUUAGGAUAUCUUCCAGGCCAUAUUCAUGCGUUCUGGCUGAUUUACAGAAAGAUGAAGGCAGAAGAGCGAUACGGCCGAGGCGGCUUCCAGUACAUCGGGAACGGUCAGUACGAGCCUUUGUACGGCGGCCCGGCUGGUGUUGCCCCUCCGCCUGCUGCGAACUACGGCGCCACUGGAGGCAAUUAUGUCCGGUGA